GCGCGCGCGCGAGAGAGAGAGAGAGAGAGAGAGAGAGAGAGAGAGAGAGAAGCCUGCGGAAGAGCGCAUGCGCCUCGUUCCCUCCACGCUCCCUCCGGCGGCGAAGUUAGGGCGUGGCGCGGCUUUUGACGGACGGGCGUUCCCUUCCCGCUAGAUGGGCGGGGAUUCCGGCCGGCACCGCCCCCUCCCUUCUCUUCUUGGCGGCUGCUGCUGAGGGGAAGAAGUGUCAGUCCGGUCAGGCGGCGAGGGAGAGGGCGGCGGCGGCGGCGGCGGCGGCGGGAAGAUGGCGGCAGCGGCGACGGCGGCGGCAGCGUGGCUGUGGAGCGGUCUGUGGAACGAGCGCUUCUGGUUCCCCGCCAACGUGAGCUGGGCCGACCUGGAGCGCCAGGAGCCCGGCGACGGGGAGGUGUACCCUCUCCCCCGCCACAUUUGGGUCGCUUUCCCCGGGGCGCUGGGCCUCUUCGCGCUGAGGCAGCUCUUCGAGAGGUGGGAGAGCGGCGGCGGCGGCUAAGGGGGGAACGGGGUGGCGGGGGCGGAGGGAGCCGGCGGGGGGGAAAGCGGCGCACACUUCCGCCCGCCUGCCUGACGGGCCGAGGCGAAUGGGAUGGGUGGGUGGGUCCGAGAGGGAAGAGGGAGCGUCGCCCUCGCGGCCGCUUCCUCAGUCGGCCUCGAGGAGGGUUUGGGGAGGGGGUCAGAGGAGGGAAGACCCGUUUUCUCUCGCCACGUUGGGCCGCCGUCUUAUUUCACCAUAAUAAAACCUUCAGAGGAACUCCGUAGCCAGACCGCACUCUUUAUAAAGAUGGGGAAUACGCAGGAGAAAUGGAUUUCCAGGAGAUAUAAUAAUACAAUGGUACCUCGGGUUACAUAUGCUUCAGGUUACAGACACUUCAGGUUACAGACUCCGCUAACCCAGAAAUAGUGUUUCAGGUUAAGAACUUUGUUUCAGGAUGAGAACAGAAAUCGUGCUACGGCGGCAACAGGAGGCCCCAUUAGCUAAAGUGGUGCUUCAGGUUAAGAACAGUUUUCAGGUUAAGUACGGACCUCCGGAACGAAUUAAGUACUUAACCCGAGGUACGACUGUAAUAAUAAUAAUAAUAAUAAUAAUAAUUUAUUAUUUCUACCCUGCCCAUCUGGCUGGGUUCCCCCAGCCACUCUGGGCAGCUUCCAACAAAACACUAAAAUACAAUAGCCUAUUAAACAUUAAAAGCUUCCCUAAACAGGGCUGCCUUUAGAUGUCUUCUAAAAGUUUGGUAGUUGUUUUUCUUUUGGGCAACUGGUGGGAGGGCGUUCCACAGGGCAGGCGCCACUACCGAGAAGGCCCUCUGCCUGGUUCCCGUAACUUGGCUUCUCGCAGUGUGGGAACUGCCAGAAGGCCCUCAGAGCUGGAACCCCGUGUCCGGGCAGAAAGAUCGAGGUGGAGACGCUCCUUCAGGUAUACUGGACCAAGGCCAGUAUACCUGAUAUAUAUAGAAGGUGCUUGUAGAAUUUGUACUGUUUAAAACGGAAAGGGGUUAAACGCCAGUGGUUCCCAAACUGUUUUUGGCCAUGCCCCACCUAAGCAUCUCUCAAAUUCUGAUGCUCCCCCCACCGACAUAAUCAUUCUUAAUUGUUCAAAUAGUGAACUCCUGUUCACAUGGAGGAAGCCUUAAAAGUCAUUGACUUGGUCUAACUGUUCUCGAAUUGCCCCCCUUAAAAAUCAAAUGGCCCCCUUGUGGGGCGUUUGCCCCAUGUUGGGACCCACGGGGUUAAACCAUUGCAAGAGGUGUUGAAAUUUUGGGAGGUUGGAUAGUUGCAAUGGAAUGGUGGGGUGCACCUUUUUAUUUUUACUUAUUUAUGAUAAUUACUUUGUCAAGAAAGGAGUGUGUGUGUGUGUGUGUGUGUGUGUGUAUAUAUAUAUAUAUAUAAGCAGCGGCAAUUAGAAUAAGAUCUAUUAUUGCAUCAACUUUACAUUUUUAAUAAUUUUAUUUAGCUUUUAGAAAUUUACAAUCACUUAUCCAACAAUCAACAUAAAAAGAGAAUUCCAAAAAAAUCUCCUGAACUUCCCUCCUCCCCUUUGUGGGUCCAAUAUAAGAAUUAACUUUCCCAUGUGGCUCAGCUUUUUGUUUUUUUAAAGAGUGACUUUGGGGCGUGCCCUAGAAGCAUCUUCCAAAAAAGUGUUUCAUACCAGAGGUUAUAAAGAAGACAAGACAAUUGUGAUCUAUUCACCACCCCUACAAUAAAUUUCCAAACUGCCCUUUGUCAUAAAUGACCUCCAGGCAGCAUUAGUUGCCAAAAUAGAAUGGUUAGUUGCCAUUUUGGGGCAAGACAGCUCUAAAGUUUUCUUUUUUAUGGAGUGGCUGUGAUGGAUUAUCAGUUAAACAUCUGGCAAGUUCAGAUGACAACCUUGAGCUACGUUAUGAACUUUGAGACCUUAAAGAAGAAUAAUCACUUGAUCCAGGGACGGUUCACAUAUAUAUUGGCCCAUUCCUACCUGUUUCUUCUUAAUGGUGACACAGAAUGUAAGAGGAUUUACAACUGAGCAGCACAGUUGGGUGGGGUAAGCGAAGACAAGCUACAACAUUUAACUAUAAUGUUAUUCACUGCUCCUGCUUAGGCUGCACAGAAAAAGCAUUUUGGUUCCUGAAAUUCAUUUGGAUUGUGCAGAUAAAAUAGAACUGAUAGAAUUCUACAGAAUGUGGUGUUACGUGUUCAAAAAAAGCCAAGAUCCAAGGAUCCCCAGGCAUGCAUACCUAAGCAAUUAUGUGGGCUUCUACAAUUUCCUCUUCCAGCUGUAAGUUGUCAGGCUUCAACAAAUCCUGUUCAGGGAGAAUCCUUUUAGGACCAGUUAGAGUGACAUGGAGGAAGAAGCAUGGUACUUUGGAUCUGUCACCAUGUUUUAAAAAUAAAAAAAGUUAUUUGGUUAAAUAUUCAUUAUUACAUUCACUCCCAAUGGACUUACUCUGCAAGCAUAAUAGUUGAUGACAUCAAUCUGCAUAAUAUGUGUCUGAAUAAGUUCAGAAUAACUGAGGCAGUUAUUGUUUUAGUUAAUAUAUGACUUAGUAUUGAACAGGAUGAGAGAAGAAAUACCGCUAAAUGUUUAGGUUCAGUUCAGCAUUAGGGUUAGGUCUCAGCUAUGCCAGUUUCAAAAUGAAAUUUUACCAUGCACUUCAGGGAGAGUCUUCUGCUGCUGUGCUACUAUGUGUGUCAGUGGCUCGGCAGCAAAAGACUCCAUUCUUUUCCUGAAGCUUUGUGGCACAAGCCAGGUGAUUCACACCACAGCAUGGCAGCAAAAAAAUCCGCUGCUGUGUGACAGCCAGCCAGAUAGUGGAGAUGUCGGUCAUUAUCCUGAUGCCCAUAUACGGUAUCUUCACUUGGUUCCAAGUAGCUCACAGCUCAACGUGCCUGUUGAGUUUUGAUCUUUGCUUCCAGGUAGUUUAUACAUAAACAAUUAUUAAAGCUAUAAAAACUAUAAAACUCAAAAAAGGAUUAAACUCAGUACCCAUUUGACUUUGUUUUUUGUUUGAUUUCCCUAUAAAAUAGCAUUUUUGUAGCAAGAGAAAAACCUGUAUUCAUGAAUUUGGCUCUAGAAUCAAAAUCUCAGUAGACUUCAAAUCUAUGUACAGAAGAUAAAUUGAAAAGUGGAAUAUCAGGAACAUUUUUUGAAAAUAUUGGAAAAAACUGCUCAGGAAUGUUGCAGCUGGCCAUACAAAGCAGUUUCGGUCAUACAACCCUUUUUGAAAGGACUAGUACAGUUCUUGCAGUGGGGGCUGCUGCUGUCACUUCCAAAGCUCUGGCUGGCUUGCAGCAGCUAGGGCAGGUGGUAAGAUAGUGGGAUUUCUGUUGUCCCUUGUUCUCCUUUUUCUUUCUUUGCAGUCAGUGACAAUAAAUUAACUAUACCAGCUUUAGGGCUGAUGUAGUUAGGUGCUUUGUUGGGAGCAGGAUGGGAGAACAAAGGGGGCUUAGCAUCCUGCAAAUCACCAACCACCCCUGAUGCACUCCUUUUCUUUUCCUACCCUCCUCUCCCCUCCCCUGACAGGCAGAACAUCUAACCUUAUGGAGCAUCUCACUUGUGAAAUUUGGGCAACACAAUACAGCCUUUUUCUGUGUAGAAGCCUUUUGACCCCUCCCAUGUUCAUACAUAAUUUUCUGAUUUAUCCAUUAAAAUUUCACUACGCCUGUUUUCUUAUCCUCAUGUCCUGGAAUGAACACUCCAUGAAUUAUGUGCUUCAAUUUAACAUUGGGAGUCUGGGACUGAUGACUCACAAUUUGAGCCACAGAUUUCUUAAACCAUUGUUUUUUCUUCCCUUCCUGUCUGUGGUGCCUCACUUUAGAGGAAAUGCAUUCACAUUUUCGGCAUAUCAUAGCAGCACACUGGUUUAUCAUAUGCAUAUCUCUCUUUUUUAGGCCCUAGGAGAGAGUGUAGUCUAUUGUUCCUAUGUGUUCGUCUGUUUCCUCUCAGUUUUGCCAAUGAAACUCAGAGAUAAGUGAAACUCUGAGAGAAUGACAGGAGAUCAGCUUUAGCUUUCGCAGAAUGGCUUAGUAUUCUGAGCUACAAAGGAUCACCUCAUUUUUUUACUGAAACCUUCAGAAAGGCCUCAAAUGCACAAAUGGAUUUAAUAAGUGCUGUGGAAUACUGCAGGUAGUGUAGUUGUUUUUCAUGUGUCCAUGUCAGGCCAUUUGGAACUGUGAUAGGCCUGACAGACUGCCUUCCCUAAGCUUCCCUCCCUAAGCCUAACUGGGGAGGGGUUUACUUUUUAUAUUUAUAUUUAGAUCCUGUCAUAUUUAUUCCUUUCGUCAUUUUACAUACUCUCAAUCACUCAACAGCAAUAAACAUAAAAUGCAAAUAGAGGUUACAAUCACAUCUAUGAGCAUUAAUUAAGAAGUCUAGAUAUAGGCAUUCCGUGUUGGUGGCUCUCCCUUCUUGUCUUUCUUGUUAAUGUAGGUGGUGAAAUAACACAAGACUGGUCCAAGCAACUCCCCAUUUACAUGGGAGUUGUGUUCCCAGGCGCCAUAUGGGUCAGUGGGAUGCACUUAAGCCUGCCCCACCCACUUGCGGUGCUGAAAAUUGUCUGUGUGUACUGCUCACACACAGAUGAGGAGUUGUCUGAAUAUAUUGUAUCUGAUUUUAGAUUUAUUUUCUGCCCUUCCCUAUAGAACAGGAUGUCCCAAAACAAGUUGUCUUAAGUGGUACUGAUAAACAUCAUAGGAACAUCUUGUUGCUGUAAGACAUUGAACUGGAUCAAUGUUGAUGUCAGUGGGGAGGCUUUGACUCCAUUUCAUCCUUUGUGUUGGAAGCAAAUUUAAAUGGAGGAGAGUUUCAAAAGUAGUUUGAAUUAUGGCAGGGAGGCUGUUGUAUAAGGUCAUAGGGUGAGUUGACUUGGUCAACAAUGUAUGCAUCCAAGUAGGUUUUCUCAUUUUUCCUGUGUAACUUUCAGGAAACCACUUUUGAAAUUGAGGCAUUUCAAAAGUACCGGUAGUUUAGUGGAACUCUUGUACUGCUUGUGAGUUUCCCCCAAGCAUCUGGUUGGCCACUGUGAGACUGGACUUAGAUGCGGCAUUGACCUGAUUCAACAGACUCUUCAUAUGUUCUUAAUGUUCAAGAUUAAUAAAAAUAUUUUUUUCACAUCUCAGCUAUUAUCUUGCAGUGUUUGCAGACUUGAUGAGACGAUGAGACCCUGUGAAGAUGUGUACUGCUUUGGUGUAGUUCAGUCAAAUUUUAUUCCCUCAAAUGCAGACUUUAGUGUGGUGUAGCUAAAUUAAUUGAUGCCUUUUGAGCCCUUUAAUAUAUACAGUGGUACCUCUGGUUACGUACUUAAUUCGUUCCGGAGGUCCGUUCUUAACCUGAAACUGUUCUUAACCUGAAGCACCACUUUAGCUAAUGGGGCCUCCUGCUGCUGCCGCGCCGCCGGAGCACAAUUUCUGUUCUCUCUUUUUUUUUAAUAUAAUUUUUAUUAACAGGCCAAUCAAAUCACAUUAUUUCCAAAUCACAUUAGUUCCAAAUUAUACAGCCAGAUUUUAAAAUUUUUGUUGGGGGUACCCAUACUUCAAGCUCCGAAAGGGGGUCCAAACAUCACUUAUAUUGCUGCUUUAAUUAGACAGUUCUAUCCAGUUCUGUCCAGAUAGUCUCUUUGUUACUUUCCUCAUCUUCUUGUUGUUAUCAUAUAAUUCUUUCUUUGUGAUCUCUGAUAAUCUUCACAAGCGGGUUAAAAACAAACAUCCUCUGUGUGGGUUUUACACUUUCCAAAAAUCAUAUCGCAUAAGGACAGACGCCAUUUCCACACCUCUGUAAAGAACUUUCCCUCAGUCUGUUCGUUAAUUUCCCCAGGCUUGCCAAACAUAUCUCAGAGGGCUCUGCCAGGUCUAGAUCACAUUCCGAAAAUCAUUCGCAUUCCGAUGACCCUGGUCGUCCUCCCCCCGUCCUCCUUAGGCAAGCCAGUCUUGGCGAGACGCCAUUUGAAACUGCGUCAUAAAACUUUCCUUCGUUCUCCGAUGUUUACCAAUCCUCUCAUUGAUCAAUAAUUCACUCCACACAGUUCUUAAAUUCCUGCUUGUGAUUAAUAAAUUGCAACGAUUCUUCUUUCUGGGGUGGAGGGUUAUUAAUAUCACAUAAGGCAAAAAGAAAGAAAAGUUUUUUCCUCCACCCCUUUUCCGUUUCACUCCAAACAUACCAGUCUUUUAAUGGUGAUUCAUCACUUGAUUUAUUUGUCCCGCCCGUCGCUCCGCUCACAGAGAUCCAUUAGUCAGCAGUCUUAACUCCCGAUCUUCGCUUGAUGUAUGUGCUUUAGCUUUUUUCCAAUUAUGUAUUUCCAAUUAUAUGUUUCGAGCCAAAGCGAACCAGUGUGCUGAUUGGAGACAGCGUCAGGAAGAGCCGACUUCAAACGAGGGCUUGUGCCAAGUGUCCGCACCCCCUUCUUUCAAAUCCGGGGGUGAAUUAUGGACACCGCUGGCAAGGCAGUCCCCCCCAUCCCCUGGGGGGGCGGGAAGGCUGCAUAUUUCCCAUAGCAGCCUCUUAAUUACCUCGUGUGGGUCAGAGAGAUGUUAUUGUCGGCCAUCUUCCAAUGCGCCCCCUGGUGGCCCCCGAGCACGAUUUCUGUUCUCAUCCUGAAGCAAAGUUCUUGACCUGAGGUAAUAUUUCUGGGUUAGCGGAGUCUGUAACCUGAAGCGUAUGUAACCUGAAGCGCAUGUAUCCCGAGGUACCACUGUAUGUAGAGUGAUACUUCUGAUGGACACAUGAAUAGAACAUAUAUGGUAUCUGUUGAAUUUUCUUCUGAGGCUGCUUUAUUUUUGUAUUAAAAUAGUACUAUUUUCUCAUAGCCUCAACUCAGCAGAGGUGUCUUGUCAAUGGUCAAUACACAGUCCAAGCUUGUUGGAGUUAAGUUUGCAUUGUUAAAAACCUGCACAUAGACAGGAAUUUAGGAAGAUUACAGCUGGGACUGAACAUCAGUGAAGCCAUGAGUUCUAGGUUACUCCAGACUUGAAGAUAGAACUGAGAUGGUUCAAUGUUAUGUGCACUGAACUUUUCAAAAAGAUGCAUUUUAACAAAAGAGUGUAGAUUAAAGAAAAACUUGGAGUGCAUUGAAGUGCAUAAACAUUGGUGUGUCUGCUUUUGUCUCAUUGAAGGAUGCUGUAGUUGCAUAAGGAAACAGAACCCAAGGAAACAAAGCAAAUUGUAUUUCAGAAACAAAAUACCGGUGUAUGUUUGUUUCAGAAACAAAAUGCAUGUUUAUAAUCCUCAGGUGUCUUUUUAGAUUAUGGUUGACUUUUGGAAUAUACUUUAGGGCAUAAAUGUUUAUCUCUUGUAUCUAGAGAUGAAUUGUGAAAUAGCUUUCGGGUUGCUGGCCAGAACCUACUUAGCUGUUACUUGGUACACUGGAAAAUGGAAGGUUAAACCCCAGAAGAUUUCUACACAAAACUAAACCCAUGGAAGAUUUUUACCUAUUAAUAUUCAAAAUUAAUAACAGCGAUGAGGUAAUAGCCUUGCUACUGCACAGAAUAACAUAUUGAAUGUGACUUUUGGAGCUUGUAAGUAGAGCUUUUAAACUCACUAAUGGUGUGGUCUGCUCAUUGCAAGAGGAGUAGAGGGGAAGCAUUGUAAAUGGACUAAAUGGGGUGUUUAAAAGGUCUAACAGUCUACAUUUUCCUAAAGCUUCACUGUGCGGUAUGAUUCUGUGACUUUAAUACUCUGCUGGGGGCUGCCUCUUGCUGGAGAGUGUGUUUAGCCCCUUGCUGUGGAUCUAGACAUCCAGCCAAGCCUUUUAUUAAUUACCCCACAUGGGUAAUCUGUCUAUGUGUGGUGGAAAGUAUAAGAUACAGACAACUCUUUAUAUCAGGGGCUGAUAACCUGCUGGCCUCCACUUGCUCUUGGACUACAAUGCCCAUCAUCCCUCACCACUGGCCAUGUUGGAUGCAGCUGAUGAGAAGUGGUCUAACAGAAUAUAGGGAGGCAUAGUUGUUUAAACCAGGAAAGUCAUUAAUACCCGUAUUCAUCGCUGUCCUUUGCUAUGACAUAUGUAGAAAUCCCAAGUGGCCUCCUUUUAAAACUGAAUUGUAACAUGGUACACAGCCUUAGUUAUGUAAUACUAAUUUAAAGACCCCUUAAAUCAAUUAAAUGUUUUGCAAUCUGACUUGCACAAGUGAAAGCAUGGACCAGGGCCAUCGUGGCUGAUCUUAAACUUUGGAGAUGAUUAUACUGGAGCACGAGUUACUUGCUUAUACGCCAACUCGCCUUAAAUUUGAUCCAAGCACACAGUGGUAAGCGAUGUACUUUGUUUUCACCCAGUUUAUGAGAUUACACUUCAUACCAGUUAGUAUCCAUUAUAUUUUCGAAAGUGUCCUUGUAAGUGCAGCCUUGUGAAUAAGCUUGCGCAAGUUACCAGCCUGCAAAAAGAAAUACAGUACUAGCUUACUGGGGGUUGGCAGAGGUGGGAUGGAGAGUUGUACCCUCCUUGUAGCAUACUGCUGCAUUUCUAAGCUGACUAUGGAGGUAGAGGGCUUGUCUCCUUUGGCAGUUCCUUUGCUGGGAGUAGAGGAGCAGUUGAGCACUUGGUUCCUCUCCAAUCAGCCUGUUCGUUUGCUUCCAUGGAAUUCAAUGCAUUCACCUUCACGUAGUUCCUUGUCACUUCUGGUUACCAAGCUAGUGCUUAAAUGAGAGGCUGGGUUGAUACUGAGUGGUUCAAAAAGUUUGAUCAAUUUACAUUUUUGUACCUUGUUAUAAAGGAACCUUGUGGCACCUUAAAGACUUACAUGUUUAUGGUGGCUUAAGCUUUCUGCUUAAUCAGAUUCAUGAAGUGCUACUUUUCAGCUGGCAACCUGGGCUCAUGAAAUGCCCAUAAUAAAUACAUUUGUCUCCUAUAAGUGCCACACAACUCUUUUCUUGCUUUGUUAUUUUGUUGCAACAGGUUAGCAAGGCUGUACCUCUGAAAGGUGAGUUUCAGAUGGUUAAUUCAUUGCAAGAGAGAAAAGUGUUACACAUUGACGCUUUAUAGCAAGUUAUAUGAACUUCUUUUUUAAAAAACCCCAAUAAAACUUCUGAAAGUGUAUGGCAUCAUUUAGAGAUAGAUUGCACAAUAGUACAAGUUGUAUAAUAAUAGGAUUGUAUAUGCAAACACUGCAUUGUUUUUUUAUUAGGUGGAGUGGGGAGCCUUUAAUGAGAUAUGCCAGAGUAUGCCUUUUAAUUCACAUCAUCAUCAUGCUGUUUUUAUUACAUUUGGAUAUAAGACAAAUACUGUAACUGAACUGGGACCUUUGUUCUCUUCCAUACUGGAGACACAGGCACUAUGCCUGGCGUGGUGUAAUAUAAAUUGAGCUGGUAACUGCUGAAAAUGUAAUAGGUAAUUGAUAUGUGGGUUUAACAAACUUUUCAUCUAAUAAAAUAUGCCCACAGUUGGGUGACUUCCAUUGUUAGGAAAGACUGAUGAGUGCAGAUUCAUCUGCUGUACUUGGAUCGGUUUGCUAAAUGGCAGCUAUGAAAUCUUUGGUGAUCAGUGCACUUCUUAAAUGAAUUUCUUCACCCUCUUCUGUUGCCCAUUUCCAUUCCCCAUUAUAAAAAGAGGAAUCCUGCACUUUUGAAUUGAGGUGCCUGCAAACAUACAGCCCUAUAGAAAGGAAAUGUGUUGUUGUUUAUGCUGUAGGCUAUGUUCUAGUUUUUGUGUAGAACGUUAUGGUCUAAUUUUGGCAAACUAGUGUAAUGUGUAAUUGGUUUGGGCUGCUUGAUAAACUUGGUGACAUAGAGAUGAACUACAGAACCAGUGUACUUAGGACUAAAACAGGUGUACAGUUGUACCUUGCUUGUCAAUUUAAUGCAUAGUCCAUUCGACUCACAGAACCAUUCAAAAGCCAAGGCACGGCUUCCGAUUGGCUGCAGGAGCUUCCUGCACUCAAUCAGAAGCUGCAGAAGCCGUUUCAGACGUUCAGCUUCCGAAAAUCGUUCGAAAACCGGAACACUCACUUGAAAAGAGAAUUAGACAAAUUCAUGGAGAUAGCUAUCAAAGGCUACUACAUGUGAUGACUGCUCUGCCUCCACCAUUGGUGGCAGUAAUGCUUCUGAAUACCAUUUGCUGGAAACUACAGGAGGGGAGAGGAGAGUGCUGUUGUACUCAUGUUUUGCUUGUAGCUUUCUGAAUAGGACUAGAUGGGUCACUGGCAUGGUGCAGCAGGCUCUUCGUAUGUUCUUAUAAAGGUAAAGGGACCCCUGACUGUCAGGUCCAGUCGCGGACAGCUCUGGGGUUGCGGCACUCAUCUCUCUUUACUGACCAAGGGAGCUGGCAUACAGCUCUGGGGUUGUGGCGCUCAUCUCGCUUUACUGGCCGAGGGAGCUGGCAUACAGCUUCUGGGUCAUGUGGCCAGCAUGACUAAGCCGCUUCUGGCGAACCAGAGCAGCGCACAGAAACACCGUUUACCUUCCGCUGGAGCGGUAUCUACUUGCACUUUGACGUGCUUUCGAACUUCUAGGUUGGCAGGAGCAGGGACCAAGCAACGGGAGCUCACCCCGUCGCAGGGAUUCGAACCGCCGACCUUCUGAUUGGCAAGCCCUAGGCUCUGUGGUUUAGACCACAGCACCACCCGCAUCCCUGUAUAUUCUUAUGAGUUAUAGUAAAAGCCAUGGAAACCUUCAUGCACUGCCUUUCACAUUCAAAUAUAUUAACCAAGUGUAUGAUAUAGCUGCAUCUUCAGUGUAGCUGCUGCUGUUUCGUCUUCUAAUUUAGUUUAUUAUCUCCCCUUCACCCACAAUGUCCCAGAGUGGGCUACAACAAUGCUAAAUACAGUCAAACCUCGGUUCUUGAACUGCUCCGUUGCCAAACAUUUUGGCUCCCGAAUGUUUAAAACCCAGAAGUAAAUGCUCCGAUUUUCAAACAUUCCUCGAAAGACGAACGUCUGACGUGGCUUCCGAUGAGUGCAAGAACCAAUCAGAAGCUGCACCUCGGAAGUCGAACUGUCUUCUGGAACAGAUUACGUGCGACUUCCGAGGUUUGACAGUAAAGUAUUAAAAAUGUACAAUCAGAAAUAUAGAGUGGGUCUUGAAAAUAUAUUUACCAGGUUUUAAAGCCUAAGGUAAAGAGUGCUCUUUCUCUGUCUGUUUCUCUGUCUCUCUCUCUGCCAAAAACUGUAUAGUGAAGUUGCCAGAUGCACAUCUGUGGGGAGGAGUUCCACAACCUACCUAUAGGUACAUGCUGGCAUGCUAGUUCUACACAAAUGUGCCAGUACCCAUGAUAAGUGCAUUUAAGUAUGUCCGGGGAAGCAUGGAACAUUUACAUCAAUAAGCAUUUGCCUCUUGCUUGUGUCAGAUUUGUUUGAGCUGAUCCCUAAAGCAGUUUCUGAUCUGUUUAACUGGAACUUAAAACCACCCGUUAUCGAUGUACCGCCCCUCACCCUAGCACAGGUUAAUCUGCCAGAAAUGUAAUGUUUGAAAUGGCCCUCACGUUCCUUUCUUAAACAUCUCUUUGGAAAUGGGCUCCAGUACCUUUUUUGGUUUCUAUGGAAGCUGCCCAGAGUGGCUGGGGAAACCCAGCCAGAUGGGCGGGGUACAAAUAAUAAAUUAUUAUUAUUAUUAUUAUACCUCUCGCUGUGGAUCUGUGCUUUGAGUACUUGCACUACAGUACUAGACUGCAGAAUGUUUUCUUUUUCCCUCCCAUACAUUAGGUAUUAUUCAAGGGAAGGAGUGGGCAUGAAAUUUGUGUUCUAAAAACUUCACCUAUCUUAAUGAGCAUAUUGAGAUGCUCAGGAUAUGAUUGCGUAUUGUGUUCAGAGAGUGUUUAUAUGAAUGAGGAAGACAGCCAGAGUAGUAUCUAUCUGGCCCAAAUUUGUCUGUGACUUGUACCAUAUUGAAAAUUCUAUAUAGAAGUAAGAAGAUGCUGGAUCAGGUCAGUGACCCGCCUAGAUCAGCAUCCUGUUGACACAGGUCCUUGUGGGGAACCUGCAAGCAGAACCAAAGAACAAGAGCACUCUCCUCCCUUACAGUUUUUAGCAACUGAGAUUACUGUGUGACAAAAGAAACCCACACAUUUUUUGAGACAUUCAAAAAUAUGUGUCUUACCUUUUUUUCUCAAUUAAUGGAGCCUGAGAUUACAACAAUUAGCAUAUGGGGGUCCUCAAACAAAAGAGAGUUUAAAAGGGCAGUCCUCUAAACAUUAUUUCUAGAGCUUUUACGACCAAGUCACUGGUGGCAAAGAUUGCUACUGGGUCCAAGCUGGUUUGGGUUCUUAAAUUUGUGACACUUUGUAGAAACAUCCAUCAUAUCACUUGUCAUCUUAUAUUCUAUUUCUGAUCUUUAGGGAAGAGUCCCUGCACUUAUGUAGCUGAAACAAAAACACUCAUGAGCAAGAGAGAGGUGAACCCCUGUGUUUGCAGAAGUAAAAUCAGUAUUUGGGUUGGGGCUGUGGGGGGCACAAAAGAAGGGCAGUGUGAACUUGGGAUGCUCAGAAGACGUUGACUGUUGGAAGUUGGGUUGAAAGGGGGGGCGGCGGUUACAGAACACAAGGAAUUCAAACUGCAGCAUUUUGUUGCAGAUCCUUCUGGUAAUGUCUAAUAAUUAAUUUUAAAAUCCUCUCAUUGCUUUUCAUCAUUUUGCUAAACUGGCCAGUUAUUUUAUAUAUAUAUCAUGAAAAUACAUGAGGAAACUAAGGAAACCUUUUUCUGUUGUCGUAUCAAACAGAAGUGUGAAGUAAAACAAGCUUGCACUUCACUGAAAUUUAAAUAGAAUUAUUCUUUUAGGUGAGUGGUCUUUUGUGUGCAUGACCAUAUGCAGGGCAGAAAAAUGUGACUGAAGUUGCAGUAUAUUUGGGAUUUUCAUAUUCUGGGUUAUUUUUCUCUGUGUUCAUUUGUUACAUCUUUGGGAUUUUCCUUCCAGAUUUAUUGCAAGACCAUGUGCUGUACUUCUUAACAUUCAAAACUGUGAACCUCGCACAGCUCAACCCAAUGCAAUUCUAGAAAAGGUGUUUACAUCUAUCACUAAGGUGAGUGAUGCUUCAAAUUUUUGUUUGAAUGCAAUAGAAUGAGUAGUGGUUAUAAAAACCAUACAUACCACCUUGAGCUCCUUGGAGGCAUGGGGGAUAUAAAUGUUAUUAAAUUAAAAAAAAUGCUCAUUCUUUCCAGUUCUGUUGUUUUCCAGGGAAAAUAAACUUUUCACUACUAUAGUGAACAUCUAGCUCAUGGGUAGGCAAACUAAGGCCCGGAGGCUGGAUCCGGCCCAAUCGCCUUCUAAAUCCGGCCUGCGGAUGGUCAUCAGCAUGUUUUUACAUAAGUAGAAUGUGUGCUUUUAUUUAAAAUGCAUCUCUGGGUUAUUUGUGGGGCAUAGGAAUGCAUUCAUUCCCCACCCAAAUAUAGUCUGGCCCCCCACAAGGUCUGAGGGACAGUGGACCGGCCCCCUGCUGAAAAAGUUUGCUGACCCCUGAUCUAGCUACACAUAACCAGAAAAUCUGGCUACAUGUGUUCUUUACAUUGUUUUGUAUGUGUUGCUGUUUACUCCCCACUUCCAAUGUGUGUGUUGAGUGCGUACAUCUAGUACUCAGACUAUAAUUCUGUAUAAGGUUUGAACAGAAACCAGGCAAGGUACUGUUGAAGAUAACUGAUCAUGUCAUUUCCUCCAUAGUUCUCAGUUUUUCUCUGAAGAAAAUUACCGGUACUUCUUCUCUUACUGUCACUACUAUGCUAAUCUGUUGAGUUAUUUUCCUAUUGUCUGGGUUUCUCAGAACAUUGAUGUGUAGACUAUAAUGGAUGCAACCAGUGUUUUCGUUUUCUUUUUAGAAAAAAGGGUGUUGAUACUCACCAUGAAGUUGUUAGAGAAAGUGUCUCAGUUUUAACAUUCGGGGGGGAGGUGCUGGUGGUGUGUACCCCUAGAUAAAAGGACUACUGUAUUUGCAACAGUAUUUAACAGAAGACUAACCUUUAGCAGAACUAGGAAUGGAGGUUUGACAAUAAUUCACCCCCCCACCAAAACCUUACCUAUGCUGAAACAGGCAUAUUUCCAAGAAACUAUGGAUUUAUUUCUGUUUCAUUCUUCACGGGAUGGAUCCUGGAGGCUGACUUCUUAUUUCUGUUGAAUGCUUUUAACUCCCUACUGCUGCUUUUAAUUUAUAUCAAAUACUCUAUUGUAAGAAUAUCCCUGUCGUGCUCUGUUCACCUUGGCUACUUUUGUUAGCUCUGUCUGCUGAUGGAUGGCCACACCGACUCGGCCCUGGACACACUGACCAGAUACUUGGAAGCUGUGGCUGGAUGGUUUCGUGGGAGCCGAUUGAAACUAAAUCCUUCGAAGACAGAGGUCCUAUGGCUGGGUCGGGAUGGCAUGGGGAUGAGAGACCAACUCCCUUCUCUUGCAGGGGCCCAAUUAGUGCCAUUGCCUUCCAUUAAGAGUUUGGGUGUAAUCCUUGACGCCUCCCUUUCCAUGGAGGCGCAGGUUACAGCAACAGCCAAGGCGACAUUUUUCCACCUUUGCCGCAUCAAGCAGUUGGUCCCUUACCUUUCCUGCCCCGACCCGGCCACAGUGAUCCAUGCAGUGGUCACCUCCAGGCUUGACUACUGUAAUUCGCUCUAUGCGGGGCUGCCCUUGAAGCUGUCCCAGAAACUCCAGCGGGUGCAGAAUGCAGGUGCGAGGCGCCUGUCGGGGUCUCUGCCAUGGGAGCAUAUUGACCCAGUGCUUUUCCAGAUGCACUGCCUCCUGGUGCAGUACAGGGUCAGAUUUAAGGUGCUGGUUUUGACCUUUAAUGCCUUCACGGCCUAGGACCCUCGUACCUACGGGACCGCCUCUCCCGGUAUGCCCCACAGAGAGCCUCAAGGUCCAUAAAUAGCAACACCCUAGUGGUCCCAGGCCCUAAGGAAGUUAGAUUAGCUUCAACCAGAGCCAGGGCCUUUUCAACACUGGCUCCGGCCUGGUGGAACGCUCUGCCUCACGAGACCAGGGCCCUGCAGGAUCUGAUUUCUUUCCGCAGGGUCUGUAAGACAGAGUUGUUCCGCCUGGCCUUUGGCUUGGAGCCAGUUUGAUUCCCUCCCCCUCUUCCUUUUUCCUUUUUCCUUUCUCCUCCUGUGAUGAGGCUGCAUUUUAAUAUUUUAAUGUUUCAGUAUUUUAAUGUUGUAUUUUAAUCUUAUUUUUAAGUUGUAUUCAUUCAACUUGUUUUUAUUAUUGCUUGUUCGCCGCCUUGGCUGGGGAGGGUGGGUUAUAAAUAAAAAUUAUUAUUAUUAUUAUUAUUAUUAUUAUUAUUUAAGGCAAAUGUAGGCGUAGUUUUGAAAGCACUUGAAUGGAAAACUAGUUUUGGUGACACUAGCCUGGCAUCAAAUCCUGUUUUGCUGCCAGAAUUCCAGGUGAUGAGUAGGAACUUUCUGCACAGAUGCGUGUGGCUGAAGGGAAGAAAUCUCCGGUAGUAUUGUCAUCUUUUUGAAAAAGAUAAGGAAAGUACUGCAAGCAGUCAGUACAAUAAGCCAAAAUGUAAAAAUGCAGUGUAAUACCCUACUGGCGUGUUAAGCUUACACACUUUGGUUUUGUGUGGGUAUGUGUUAUUUCUUUGGAAUUUGUUUUUCAUGGCAUCUUGCAUCCACAUUAUUUUAUAUUAUCAUAUUGGAUCUUUAUGUAUAUUUCUUCUAAUAAUUUGUUCCUUGAACUGAUUAUUUAACCAGUGUUACUUUUUCUAGCAAAACGUUGUCGGUACAAUUUUGUAUAAUAUGCAGCAGAUCGAAGAAUAAUUGGGCGAUAAUGGGAAGAGUCUGUUUUGGAAGGUAGCUAAGGAGUAUGUGUUUGAUUACUUUCUAGUUUCCAGAUGCAAGAAGAUUAGAGGGCUUGUCAAAACAACUAGAUUGGAAUGUCCGAAAAAUCCAGCGCUGGUUUCGUCAUCGAAGGAACCAAGAUAAACCAAGCACUCAUGUGAAGUUCUGUGAGAGCAUGUAGGUUUGUGUGUAGUUCACCUCUUACAGCUCCAAUUGUUUUGUUUUAAAGUUGACAUCUUGUGGUCUCUGAAAUUUUGAAGAAAGGCAUUCUUGUAAAACAGAUGGCUAUUCAGCAAUAGGCAUUACUGAAAAUUCUUUUAAGGUUAUAUCCAACUAAAUGGUUGAAUGGAACGACAACUACAAGUUCAGUUGCAACUGCUCCUUCUUCCCCUUGUGUGCCUCCAGUAUCACCCUCAAAUCUGCUCUAGAGAGCUAGAGGGAAUCCCCAGAGCAGAUUUGGGGGAUGCAUGGGGAAGGACAGAGAAGGGAAGUUCACUUGCACUUGUGGAAGUCUUUCCAUGUGUGCAAUGAUUUAGCUGGAUACAACACUUGUUUUUUUUAUUUGUACCAGGAGAUACAUUUGGGUGUUUCACCACUAUUUGUGUUUCAGUGUGGUAAAAUAGCUCUUUCACCUUUAGUUUGGACUGUACAGCAGAUAGCUAUAAUUUUUAAUCUUUAUGCAAGCUAUAUUUUAUCCUUUGAAGUUAUUUUCCAUUGCAUGCACUUGAAUUUUUCCUGGGCCCUCGUUUCUUUUCAUUCCCACUUAAAUUUAUUUUCUUACCCUUUUCUGCAUGACCUCUAUCACUAUAGUAUCUGAGCAUCUUUGCCUUCCUGCCUGCUACUUCUGUGACUUCUACCUCUCUUCCUCAGUGGCUUCUUCCCCAAGAUAUUUGCUUUAGGUGAGUGGGAAUCUCAUUUGACAUCUGUCUGUCUUUGGUUUAUACUCUAAAUUGGAAGCUGCUUAAUCGUAAGCCCCAUUCCCAUGUUACUUGUGAGUAGGGCAUUGCUGUGAUUCAUGCGAUCCUGUCCCUGUUGCAGCAUCUCCUCCUCCAAAAGAAGUUUGUCUGAAGUGUCUGCAGUUGUCUGAAGUGAAUGCCCAACCUGGAAGAAUUAUUGGGGGGUCAAGAUACAUUCAGGAACUCACAUUUUGAGGUUUUACCAGACAACCUUAGUGUCCAUGCAUAUGCUUUUUCCUCUUAUUGUGGGGCUAACAUAGUUGUGUAUAUCAAAGUCUCCUACGGAUAUUUUAUAGAUCUAAAUUAUAUUAUGUUAAGUCUCUAAAACAUGUUCGAGUUAAUUUUGGAUUUUCCCUGGUUGGUGCUUUACAACAUCAAUAUAUUUGUACCAUGUAUUUGAUUCUUACUUUUUCACUUCCAGGUGGAAGCUUGCAUAUUCUAUCUGUAUAUUUACGUAUGGACUCAGAAUUCUUUGGUUGGUGAGUAUGUUGCAUAAUAAUCAAUAUAUAUUCAGUGGAAUUAAAUUAAAAGAUUCAUUUGGUCCUUGGGGACUUCCUUAACAUUCUUAUUUGGGUGGUCAGUUAUUCCUUCAAUUCUAUCAUGGCAGAACAGGAAAGGUAGCCUUUAUAUCACUCUUCAUCUCAGGAAUGCUGCAACUUUCACUUUUUGACUCCAGAACCAGAAAGACCAGUUCAUGAUUUGUGAUGCCUUUUAUUUGUUGUUUCUUGAAAAGGGUGUUGAUCCCUGUCUUAUAAUCUAUGGUUGCUUGUAUUGAGCAAUUUCCCCCUCAAUAUAAGGGAUCCCGUAUCUACAUGUUCUAGUUGUACAGUUUUCUAGUAUCUUUCAUUCAUUCAUUAUUAUUAUUUUUUAAUCUAGGCACCCUGGCUUUGGGAUACUCGACAAUGCUGGUACAACUACCCUUUUCAGGUAUGUGGUGUCUUUACUAAUAAAAGCUUGUAACAGUGUUAGGUAUCAUUUCCUGAAGUUGUUCAGCCUUUGACUGAUCACUUUCCUCUUGAACCAGUUUGCCACUGGAAGUACUGAUAUAUACACAAAGUUCCCUCAUUUGAUACAGCUUAUCUGUCAACUUUGAGGGAAGUAACCUGUGGAACAGCUGUGUAUGUCAAAAUAAGCAUCCUGUUCUUGCAAAUAUAUUUUCACAUGUUAGAGCUUAACUUGGAGCGCUGGUAAAUCAAAGGUGACUGAUUGCAGUACAUGUGCCUGGUUGUGUUUCAAAGUGAAUUUGCAGAUAUGUCAAGAAAAACGUAAUUCUUAGAGCAAAUGGGCGUAUUAUGCUUUGCUACACAUUCCACUAGCGUGCCUUUCUGUCUGCCUUUUAAUGAUCUGGUCUGUGUAGGAGGUAAUGGGCAUACUUUACUUAGAAUGUGUUUGAUGCUUUAGUGCUAAACGUAAGGAAUGAGGGAAUACAAAAUAGCUGGAAUGAUGCAAUAGGGAGAGAUUUAUAGUGGCAGUUCUCUGUGUAGUGUAGACCUUCUUUUAGUCCUGCAGUCAUUAUGUAGAUAGAUUGAAAACUAGUGAGAAAAACUGUGUGUGCUGAAAACCAUCCAGUCGCUAAAUAAACACUCUCUGCAUCUGAACUCACCUAAGUUUUUGUCUUGCUGCUGAUCUAUCAAAAAAGUGCUUUUUUAUGGGUUUGAGGCUCCAAACAGUACAGGCUGAUUGCUCUCUAGUUUAUUUUGUUUGUUUUUUACAUGAUACUUGGAUGGUAAUGCUGAAUUCUUCUCUGAUCCUCCUCUUUUAAAAUUGCUGUGUCUAAGUAACAUGUAUUUCAAAAGCACACAUGGCAAGUAAUCUGUGGCCUUUUCUUUGUAGACACCUGCUAAAUGGAAGACGCACUUUUUAAUAGUUAGCUAAAGGCCUGUCAAGUUUUGCAGCCUGGGGAAUAGACAGUUCUAGUCUUUUCUCCAACCAAUCUACUUGUCUUCCCCCAGUCCUUAGCUUGUUACCCCUCACUGAGAUUUUGGGAGUGGGGUAUCAGAAAUAUUGCCCUUUCCCUGAAAGCUAAGAACUAUGACCAGGAGAAGGAAGUGUUGCUUUUUCUCAUGGGGCAUUUUGGUGUGGUCAGGCCACCAGGUUUCAAGUGGUGUUAUCCUUAAGUGCAAAUGACAGCUGUUCAGUUUAUAUAAGGGUACAAUUGGGUGUGAUUUUGGGAGAUCUGCCAUCAGAUCUCACUUUAAAAACCACACAUAAUAGCAGCUCUGGGGGAGGAAGUGGGAAGAACCGAAAGAAGGGAGGAUAGGUUUCUUUGUAAUUACAAUAUUGAACGCUUAGGUUAUCAUUUUGCAGGAUGGAAGGACAUAAACACUUACCUGUUUAAGCCAGCAGCGGAGAAUCUCUAAUUCUCCUGUAGGUCAAAUUAGGCUAGAAAGUGGUCCCAGAUUGUCCUGCAAAGUUGUUUCCCCUAAACUACACCUACCUGCCCCACACCUGAUGUCACAUGUGACACCAGUUGUGGACAGGCAAAGAUUCAGGUACAAAGGAGCAAUAGAGAAUGGAAAAGUGUGCUCCCGAUUGCUUUUUGGCAAGCAAGCCUUGUUGUCAGCUUCAAUCAGUCGAUUGACAGUGAUAGCAAACCCUGCUGAGAUGGGCUGCACUUUGGAGCCCCCAGUCAAGGUUGAACACCCAAUCCCUUGCCAAAGCAACACAUGCCUAUCGGUUUACAAGCCCUGCAGAGAAACAUUCCAUUCGCUUGCACUUUUUGAAAUAAAAUUGCACAGGCAAAGGGAUGCUUCACCUGGGGUCAUGAUGACAUCAGAAGAUUGAUAGGUGAGUGGUCCCAGCUAUAAGUCAAUUACAUCCUUGGGGUUGGGGAACAUCAGGAUCUGGCUCUCUGGCUGGACUCAAUUUCCUAUCAGUGGUUUUAAGUAUUUAAAUCGGGGUGGGGAACCUGUGGCCCUCCAGAUGUUGAUGGACUACAGCUCCCAUCUUCCCUGACCCUUGGGAGCUGAUGGGCAUUGGAAUCCAACAGCAUUUGGACUGUCCUGCUUUAAGUAGCUCUUAAUGCAUAUGUUACAUGCUGUUUCUAAACAAGACUUUCUUUCUGUUUUUCAGCCCCUAUCAUCCAGCCUUUACUACUAUUAUUUUGUGCAACUGGCCUUCUACUGGUCUCUUGUGUUUUCACAGUUUAUAGAUGUGAAGCGAAAGGUAAUUAACUAGCUGUUUCCAGGAGCCUUAAACAAUCCCAUUAACCUUUCUGAAUGAGGGGAAGAAUCAUUCAGUACCAAGUAAUAGAAUGACUGAUUUGUAUCUUAUAAUAAAACCUACUUUGAUUAGAAGACUUCCAUCAAAUGCAAACCUGUGAUGAGUGAAGUACGUGUAUGUGUGAAUGUAUUAUGAUGACUCAUGUGAAGCUGGUUGAGCCUUUUAUCCUUUUCUAGGACAGGGAGGAACUAAGGAAUCCUAUGUGUGGUUUUCUACAUUUCCUAGCUUGUUUUUUUUGAGCUAUUCUGAAAGCAUGGGUUUAGAACAAAAACAAACAGGUGCCCUCAGCUGGAAAAUUCAUAUUGAGGCUGUGCUGACCCGCAUCUGAAGGGCACUGCUGAAGGUUGCCCUACAUGGUGUUGUAAUCAGGUCCAGUGUGAAUCCGGUACAAAUGUGCAUUUAGAUAUGUGACAUUGGACUGUCCAGGCAAAUAAAUGUCACUAGUUUCAUGGGUUUAUAUCCUUUCCUCUUUCCCCCUGCUCUACAAUAUUGCUUUACCUAGGCAUGCUAUUAAUCCUGUUUGUGUUUUAGGUUCCUUAAACCUGAAUUUCAACUUGUUUUCAUGCCAAUAUCUCUAGAUUUCUCUGCUUAGAUAGUGUUCAACGGAGAAAUGCUCAGUAAGUUGUGAUUUAGAUGCUUUCCCAAUUUGAUUAUGGAAGGAAUUUAACAUUUCCCAUUUGAUUGUUGAAAGCAGUAGCGUCCUUAAGGCAUAUGUUCAAAGGAGCUUACAGAGAGAGAAAAUUAAAACUAAUAAUAAAAAUUUAAUUUUAAAGCUUUUUUUAAUAAAAAAAAUAUAUAGAUCAGCUAGUCGAAAACAUCCUUCCAUGAGAAAUCCAAUUUACAAAAAGUGGUCUUGUGUUUCCUGAAUAAGGUUCUGUGAAUACAGUGAGCAAACUGGAAUUCAAGAGUAUGAAAGAAAAGUAUGGAAUCCCAAAGCCACAGACAUUGUAUUGCAUUUCUGUAAGAAACAGACAUCAAGAAUAAAUAUGACAGAUAAAAAUCAGUUGCAUUAACAUGUACAUAUAGCAGAGCACAAGGCACAAACAGGAGUUGAAUAGUUGUGUUAUAGUAGCUAUAAGGAUAAAUAUUUCAGACCUGGGAACUCUUUUGUAAAGCUGUUGAUGUGUCCUGGAGUCAUCAUGAUAAUGUACCCCCAUCAUUUCAAAACAAAGGAACUGGGCUAAUGUUUCUAGAACUUGAAGGAUCGUAGAGGACAACUAGGAAAAUAAAUAGAAAAUAUUGGAUUAAGAUUAUCUUAAAUCCAAUUACCACUGUCAUCAGUUGUCUGGGCCUAGGAUGUUGUGCAUUUGUCUUCUCACUUACUGCUCAUAUUUUGGCUGCAAACAUUUUUGGCAUUCUGUAUAAAUGGGCCAUAUUCAACAAACAGGAGCUGAUGAAUUUAGUUUUGAGAUACUUUGUGGGUUGCAGAGGUACUGCCCAGUUACAGUGAAUAGUUUCUAAAUGCAGUUACCAGUAAAAGAAGCAGUUGUUUUAAUUGCUGCUGCCAUUAUUUGCUUUCUGCAAACCACUGGAAACUGAAUGCACCUGGAAGUCUCUCAAUACAUUGUUGGAGAAUGGGUGCUUUUCCAGAAUGUCUUCUGUGUAUGCAUUCAUGGGGAACAAGGCAACUGAUGUGGCAUUUUCGUUAUUUUUCUCUCGGACAAUCAUGUGAGCAGAAACCACCAGAAAUUUAAUGUCUCGAUUGUGAGUUCUCCCUGAAAUGUUUUGUGGCUGACCACUUUCACUAAAACAUUUUCAGCUAUAUGCCUCAGUAAGAAUUGCUCCAAAAAUAUUUAUAUGGAGGCAAAUGUUUUACACAAGCUAAUCUUCCCUUUUUUUGUGUCACUGUAACUGGAGUUAAUCUCCAGUUAAAUUAUUAUUAUUAUAAUUAUAAUCUCUUUCCUUCAGCUGACUGUUGAGAUCCCUAGGAGAGGGAGAUGUGUGUACUUCAGUUUACUCAGGGAGCCCUAGCAGAAUCCUACCUAGUAACUUGUUGAAGAGUUAGUGAGUACACCUGUUAGUAUUUUGCUGGCCUAUUAGUAGAAUUACAUGAGAAGCUUGGAAAAGAGGUAGUUUGAGUAUUGCUGAAUGCAAUUGUUGUUUUUAUAUAUGCUUCCUAAACCUUGAGUCCCUGACCCAAGUCCCAAGGUACUUAUUUAUUCUGUGAACUGCCUUGGGACCUCCGGGCAUCAGGCAGUAUAUAAAUUCAAUCAAUCAAUCAAUCAAUCAAUCAAUCAAUCAAUAAAAUAAAUACUCUAAGGUUGCUGUAGCAUUGACUUUUCAGCAGUCUACAUGGUAUGUUUUGCAAGGAUUGUGAGUAAACUGUUUUCAAUGAAGGAGUGCCCAGCAUUGGCUGCUUAUCAUGAGGCUUGGUUCCUAGAAUAGGCUACCCAAUCUGUACAGAUUCUACACCCAAAAUGGGAGGUUGCUGAAAGAAAAAUAAAAAAGACUAUUGUCUUACUCUGGCACCAGUGAUUUUCUCCCAAAGCAAUACCUUUACUGAUAACAUUUCAGAUUACAAAAAACCCUAAUUUUAUCUUAUUCAAACUGACUACAUUGAGAGACACUCCUAUAUAGCAAAUAACCCUGUUCUGCAAUGUCCCUCAGAUCAGCCUCCAUACCUGAGGACUGGAAAGCAGCCAAAGUAGCACAAUAUUUUUUAUUUUAUUUUUUAAAAAGGGUUCCAGCAGGGUUCCUGAAAAUUACAGGCUGGUUAGCUUAACAUCUGUCCCUGGAAAACUGAUGGAAAGUAAUGUUAAAGAUAAAAUAACCAACUAUAUAGAACAAGGGAAAGUCUUGUCUCACAAACCUAUUGGAAUUCUUUGAGAAUGUCAAUAAGCAUAUACAGUCUUACCUUGGUUCUUGAAUUUAAUCGUUCCGGAAGUCCAUUCAACUCCUGGAACCGUUCAAAAACCAAGGCACGGCUUUUGAUUGGCUGCAGGAGCUUCCUGCACUCAAAUUGGAAGCCGUGGAAGCUAUGUCAGACGUUUGGCUUCUGAAAAUCGUUUGAAAAUUGGAACAAUCACUUCCGGUUUUCAAUUGUUCAGGAACCAAAACGUUCGGCAACUUAGCUGUUCAACAUCCAAGGUACGACUAGAUAACAGUGAUCCAGUUGGCUUGGACUUCCAAAAUACAGUGGUACCUCGGGUUACAGAUGCUUCAGGUUACAUACGCUUCAGGUUACAGACUCCACUAACCCAGAAAUAGUACCUCGGGUUAAGAACUUUGCUUCAGGAUGAGAACAGAAAUUGUGCCGUGGCGGUGCGGCAACAGCGGGAGGCCCCAUUAGCUAAAGUGGUGUCUCAGGUUAAGAACAGUUUUAGGUUAAGAACGGACCUCCGGAACGAAUUAAGUUCUUAACCAGAGGUACCACUGUACUUUUGACUAAGUACCUCACCAAAGACUCCUGAGAAAGCUUAGUAGUCAAGGAAUAAGAGAGAUCCUCUUUCAGAUCAAGAAUUGGUUAAGAUGCCAGAAGCAAAGUGUAGGAAUAAACAGACAGUUCUCCAAACAGAGAGAAGUAGUGGGGUUUUUGUCUUUUGACUUGCUAAUAAAUGAUUUGGAGUUAGGAGUGAGCAGUGAGGAGGCCAAAUUUGCUGAUGAUGCUAAAUUGUCCAGGGUUGUUAAAACAGAAAGAGAUUGCGAAGAGCUCCAAAUUGGCCUCUCCAAACUGAGUAAAUGGGCAGUGAAAAGGCAAAUGCAAUUCACUGUAAACAAGUGUAAAAUGAUGCAAAACAUAAUAAUCUUAACUUUACGUACAUUCUCCUAGGGUCUGAACUGCAUGUGACAGACCAGGAACAAGAGUAGAUAACUUGAUGAAGAUGUUGGCCAAGGUGCAAAUCCCAUGUUGUCAUUGCUGUUGAGGAUCAGGAAACUUUUUCACUUGGAAGAAAAGGUUUUCAAUAACACUAAUGGCACACCAGUUUGAUUUGUGAUGAAGUGAUGGCUGUACACAUUUCUAGACCGCUGUUCUAUAAUAAAUCAUUUUGAUCUUGAAAGCAGCUCACCUUUGUGUCAGAAAGAAGUUUGUAGGUGCUAAACUAAAGAUUUCCCAAUCUGUAUUAUGUUGUGUUCCUUGCACUCCAUAGUGAUAUCAUGCUGGUACUUGUUUUUUCAGGAUUUCCUGGUCAUGUUUAUUCAUCACCUGUUAUCAGUUGCACUCAUUAGCUUCUCCUAUAUGAACAACAUGGUGCGGGUAGGAAGCUUGGUUUUGUUGGUUCAUGAUAUGGCAGAUGGCUUCCUAGAAGUAAGUACCUCACACAGUUCUAUCGAGUUUUUACCACUGUAUUCAAAUGGCUUAUUUGUGUUAGAUGCUUUUAAUUUUUUUCUAGAAAUCCAUUUGCAUACAACGGAAAAAAGUAAUAACCAUUUCUUAAACCAUUUCUUAAAUGAUGGGAUUAUUGCAUUGAAGUCUGGAGGAGUUUUCUUAGAGCUUCUCCCUUUUCCCCCCCCAGGUAGCAAAAAUUGCCAACUAUGCCAAAUACCAGCGAGUCUGUGAUGCCACCUUUGUACUGUUUUGUGUGGUGUUCAUUGUUACUCGUUUGGGGAUUUAUCCUUUCUGGUAAGUAUUUACUGGGAUUGAGGUGGGGGAGAGCAAGUCAAGGGAUAACUUUAGGGGUUCAUUGUGCCAAGAGUCUGGUACAGACGAUUAAACAGCUGUAGCACACAGGUAACCUCUGUAACAGGACCCCUUCACAGAUGUGUGAUAAGAAGCAUAUCCCCUGAAGAACUUGAUUGAUUUUGGGACUCAGGAAGCAAAAGGGCCUGGCAGAAUGCGUGAGGAGGCAUCAGGAGCUCCAAGUUUUGGUUGUGCUGUUUCAAUAUUUUAUAUACAAUGGCAAAAUACUUAAGGUGGACCCUGAGUUGGGUUUCAAUCUCUUCAGGUUGCGCAGUGCCAUUGCAGCUUGUGCUCGAGAGGCAGGAUAUGGAAUGUGGUCCCUGGUCUCCAUUCAGUCAUAAUGCCAGAGGUCCUCUCCCGCUGUUGCAGAAGGGGCCAGUUUGAAUCGGUGGAGAUUGUUGAACAGUUCCUCUUGAUACUUUGUGCAUUACUUGUGUGGAUAGAGAGGUAUUGGAAGGGAACCCAUUGAGUAUCGCUUGUUAUACUGUGUGGCUCCUGCUAGCCACUCAGAAAAGGUGUCCUGCUUCAACUUUAUAUCUGUGUAGGCCCUUGCAAGAUUUAGAACUUGGAUUGUCCAGAUUUCUGGAUUACACAGGGAGCCUGCACAGGUAGAAAGCGCUCUUCAGGAGUUACUGUUGACGCAUGAGAAUCCAGGAGGAAUUCUGCAACCCAGGGUUGCUCCUUUGUGCUGAGUGAUUUGGGAAGAGGAAUUAGGCUGCCCAGCACAUCUGCAUUUGAGGUGUGAUCGACAGAUGUCCCUCUGAGCCAACUCAUGCCAACUUUCUAUCCUAGUUAUCAUUUUCAGCUAUGGCAGUAGAGUACUCCCUCAACCGAGGAGAGAUUUCAGAGUAAUAAAUGACUUGAAAUGUAUUCUUGCACUGGUGCAUUGGUCUGUGCAAGCAAACAAAUCUUCUUACUACUGGCCCCACUGAUUGUGAUUACGCCAUGGCAGCCUGUACGUAUUGUUGCUAUAUCACUCAGCAAGCCCUUGGCGUGUGGUAGGGAGCCAGUGAAUCUUUAAUGCUGUUUCCAUUGGUCUUAUUGUAAUCCCCCUGUUUCCCGGGUAUGCCUGCUUAUCUCAGAUUGCAAUGGGAAGUGACUUUGCUGUCUCAGUGGUUGCAUACUGUGUAAUGCCAUACUGCACUUAUCAAAUAGCAUGCGGUGGCUCAUGUAGAAACUGUUUUUCCCUUUAGAGGUGGGAAGGUCCCUCCUCCGAGAGUGCAAAGGCAGGUUUGACUAAUGAAGACCUGCGGGAGGAGAGUUUCAGGCUCUCUUGAGUUCUAGCAACCAGAGGCCUCAGAUUUCCUUGGCUUUCUCCCUUUUUAAAGUCCUUAAUAGAUCUGAUAUUUUCCUGCUGCAGCAAGGUGCAGUGGGGUAAAUCACACAUUUUCUGUCAGUGUAAGGCUUCCUAAAUCCAUUAAACAUGUAAAACCAACAGACCUUUUUAUUUUUUUCUGGAAAUAGAUGAAUUGCUAAGCAUUUCAGCUCCUGACUCAAUCAAAGCAUUAACAAAAACUGAAUGGAGAAGAAACCUGUGCCUCUGAGAUGUCCACUCAUAUACUGAGAUGUCUUAAGACUGGAGGCAUUAACAUUCCGUAAAGGAUUUUUUUUAUGGGGCAGAUGUUUUUGUAGUCCAGUCAGCUUGGUUUCUAUCUAGAAGCUGGGAGUUGUGAAAGAUAAGCAAAGUGCCAAUAUAACAACUCACUUCUUUGUCUUGCAGGUUACUGAACACAACUUUGUUUGAAAGCAAGGAAAUAAUUGGCCCUUAUACAUCAUGGUGGCUAUUUAAUGGGCUUCUUCUAAUUUUGCAAGUUCUAAAUGUCAUCUGGUCCUAUUUCAUCAUUCGCAUUGCCUACAAGGCCCUGGCACGAGGGAAGGUAUGAAUUCCAACUUACUUAAGCACUGGGAACUCCCAGAUACUUGCUUCCUUUUUUGCAUAUUUCACAAACACCUGUGGCUUUGAAGAAGGCGGACUGCUGCCUGAGAUAACAACUUUUUACUUCGAUAUCAUUUUAACUUAUAUGUUAAGUAGCUGCUAGAAUGAGAAAAGUAUUUGUCUCUCUUCACACCACUCUGCUUCCUCCCAUUAGUAAUCGCACACACAAACACACCAGCCAUUGCUCUUGAUCCUUCUCCAGACUGGCCAUAUUUAUCCAGACCACCCAAGUAGUUCUCUCACAUUGAUGAAUGUUACUCACUUGUAAAGGUGCAAUUGCAGAGUGAAUCGCAAUUUUGCUCAGAAUUCCCUGAUGAGCUGUACUUCAUGUUACAUAUCAAAUGCUCCCCACCAGACAACAUCAGAGGCUUAGGUUUGACUGAAGUAGGAAAUGCUGCCCCAGCAGAUCUGGUUGGCUACUAUGAAAACUAGAUGGACCUUUUGUCAGAUCCAGCAAGGCUGCUCUUAACGUUUUUUUGCACUCUGAAUUCUGGUACCAACAUUUUAUUGCUGCCAGAUAAACCUGGCCUACCUAACAGUGCUAGGGGUAAACAACUGCUAAAAAAUACAAGUAUGCACCAAGAAAAGCUUGAAACAGCACCACGUAAAAUCUGUCCAUAUAAACAAUAAUGCACAAAGUGUGCACAAUACGUUUUAAUAGGCAUCAGGGAGCGGCACAAAGCUAGGUAGAGCCUAUACAAACUGGAAUAAUGCUUGGCAUUCUUAGCUCCCCCUUCUUGGAUUCCCACACACUUUCAAAUCUGUCUUCUCAAUCCUAAGCACUUUUUAAAGAUGUAAAUUGUAAAAACAGAUAUUGAGUUGCUGGAUUCUGUAUUAUCACAUACCAACCCUUGUUAGUGGACAUAGGAACACUGCACUGAAAGGCUGGAGGGCUCUGGGUUUUUUGUUUUAAAAUGCAGUGGCAUAGAAGGAAUUUUCUGGAAUGAGAAUUGAUGCUGCACCGAUGCAGAUCAUACUGAUCAUAACGCAGGAGGUUUGCCUAUCCUUUGUGCAUAUUGCUCUCCAGCGUAACAUUCUGGAGCAUUUCUCCGUAUAUUCCACUUCACUGUUCUAGUUACUAAAAAUGGGGAUAUUUAAUUCCAGGAGCUGAUCAGUGUGUCAAAUACACCCAGCAGAAGGAAAGGUGAUAUUGAAAGGCCGAAAGGGCCUUGCUGCUAAACUCCUCUUUGCUUUGUAGCAGUGAGUGUUCCAGGCCCUUACCUGCAGUGUUGCUGAGCAUAGGUGCUAGAACUGACUCUUAGAAGCCGCUCCUUUAAGAAGCAUUGGAAGCCACUACAUUGCCAGAACUUAGCUUGCCUUCACUUUUUUUCUGAGGAGGACAUUGGCAUGAAGGAGGACAGGUAGCUAAGUUUAUUAAGACCUCUGGCUCUCAAAGUAGGGCUUGUGUUUAGCCUUCUAUUGUGUCUGCAGGGCUUUGUGGGAGGAGGAGAGGCUAUAGUUUUAUGUAGGAAAGAAGUGAAAACUACUUGUUCUUAUGAAAGUGGCCAUGGAAGCAGAUUUGCAAAAGAGAGAGAGAUAAUUUAUCUGAACAAUUCAGAAUCAGAAUCUUAGCUAAAUACUAUAUAUUUACAGAAAUAAACAGUUCUAUAGUAUUGGGCAUUUGCUUUCCUGUAGAGCAUUUUAAUGAUGCCUGAGUACUUUUCUUUCUGCAUACAGUGGUGCCCCGCAAGACGAAUGCCUCGCAAGACGAAAAACCCGCUAGACGAAAGGGUUUUCCGUUUUUCGAUGCGCUUCGCAAGACGAAUUUCCCUAUGGGCUUGCUUCGCAAGACGAAAACGUCUUGCGAGUCUUGCGAUUUUUUUCGCUCCCCCCCCCUUUUUCUAAGCCGCUAAGCCGCUAAGCCUUUAAUAGCUGCUAAUAGCGCUAAUCCGCUAAGCCGCUAAUAGGGUUGCUUCGCAAGACGAAAAAACCGCUAGACGAAGAGACUCGCGGAACGGAUUAUUUUUGUCUUGUGAGGCACCACUGUAUUCAAAUAACCCCAAUUUCUUCUCUGCCUUGCAGCUUAGAUACUGCGUCUUUUCUUUUCCUGUGUUUGUAUCUUAAUUACAUAUAUAUUUGUAGAUUUAAUCUAGAUGUGCCAUGAGUAGAGCUGGGGAGCAAGCAAGCCGGGUUGAGGGGAGCCUUCCAGAAUUACUUGGGAAGUAGUGCUGAAGAAUGCUGGGGAAGGGGAGAAUCAGUAAAAUUUGCCCAUUCCACUUUUCUUUAAACGGGAUCUUCAGCUGGAUCUCAGUCCCUUCCAUGAACGGAAGGGGAAGUCUGGAUCUCACCCAUGUUUGUUUCGUUCAUUUAUCUGCUGAGUGGCUAUAGCUGAUUUUCAAGCUUGGGGUGUCUUGCAGGAGACCUGCAUCUCUCCUCUCCUUGCUUUUCUCUCCUGAUCAGGUGACCUAGUCAGGGAAGGACUCUCCUCUGUAUUCUUCAUUCUCUCUCCCUCCUUUCUCUGUGCCAGACUGAAGCUGGAUCUCUUCCUCUUCUUGUAUGUAAGUGCAAUCUGCUUUUGUGGCCGGUAGAGGGGAGCGGGGGGACUACCUGUGUCUAAAAUGAGUCUGAACACUGUUUAGCCUCAAACCAGCUGUGCUUUGCAGGUUUCUUUCAAACAGUUGUUAGUUAAUCUGAAAACUGCUCACAAGAAAGUCAGGUCUCUGAUAUUGACGUAGGUGGCUAUAAUCUUUGUGUGCGACCUUCAUCUGUGGACCUUCAGCUCUGUGGUUCAUCUUGCUAGUAUUUUUUUCAAUUAAAUCUUCCUUUCUUUGGAAAGGAAAAUAUAGCAUAGAAUGCAUCAGGUAAUGAAUAUUCACUCUAAAAACACAUACUUUUUUAAAAAAAAAGGCUGAAUAAAACAGCAUGUAAAAUUUGAAAACCUAGUUCAGUUCAUCUGUUGCUAAAAUGAGAUUGUUUGUUUCUCUCUGGAAUGUUACGAAAAUGGCUUUGGUAGGUUUUAUAUAUUUUGUGGUUUUAUAUUUUGAUUUUGUUCCUUGAACUGCCCUGAGACCUCCGUGUAUAGGGCAGUAUAAUAAUAAUAAUAAUAAUUUAAAAAAAAAAAUUAGAUAGUAGGUGGGUUCUGUUGGAAAAGUGUUGCAUAAGGCCUGAGCAACCACCAAGAAAAUCUCUGCUUGUCCCUACUGUGGAUGCUGAUGGAAUUUAGCAUCAUGAAGCCAGACUUUCUGAAAACCUACAUGGUCAGUCCUUAUGGAUCCGGGUCAUUUACAGUUUUCAGAGUUAAAAUCGGCACCAUUUAUAAAUGGAUAUACCUUGGAAUCUGGGAUACGGAGACUUAAAAGCCUGCCACAUAGUAUUCCUAGUCUUCACAUGAGGAAAACCAUUGCCACAAAUGGCUAUAAAAUAUAACACAAUUUUUGUUAAUUAUUCCUGCCUCCCAUUUAUAUUAUGAUCUUAAAAGCAUUUGGUGGCUAUCAGGCAAUAUAUAUUUGCAGCUCUUGAGAAGUGGGCACCUACAGUUGACCCUGUCAAUCAUUAACUUGUCAUUGGUAGGUGCCCUGCCAUCCUUUCUAUAGGGCUGUUCAAAGUCCAUAUGCCUAACUGUAAUCAGGGGUGUGGAUAGCUUGAGCACACCUAGUGCACAUUAGGCGCAAGGGUAAAAAUCCCGAGUGUUAUGUAAAUGAGUGCUAUUGGUUGCAGGCUCACAAGUGGAGGGCCUACCCUUGACAGCUGCUACAGCAGAGAUAGAAUAAUCUGUACAUAACUAUGAUGUGAGCAUUUCAGCCUUGUUUGCAGUAACAGCCGGUGCCUUUACUGUUCAGUAGUAAUCUAUUGCCACCUUGUGGCAAGUCAUGUAAACAAUAAAUACGAAAUGGACUGUGAACUUUAUAGGACCUGGGUGCCAGUCUGCAUGAGGAUUUUUUUCAGGCUGCGCAUGGGUUCUAAAACACUUGCCGCAUGAUGCACUAGUUAAUCUGUACCCUUCCUGCAGUUUCUCCCUAUUGGUUCUGUGUGUUUUCAGAGCUGUUCUGUUACGGGUGGUGGUGGUCCUUCUCUCUGUGUGCUAGUGCUUGUGGUGUGUUGUAGCAUCACACUAUAAUAUUUUCAGUGGGAGUGGCUUAAAACCUUAAAAACAUUUCCCACCCCCCAGCUUUUACACCUCACCUUUAUCUUAACCUUUGGUUGGCGGAAGUGGGCAGGAAAUUAUCUGCCAUUUUCAUGUACGUUCCUGCAUUUCACAGCCAUUAGCAAGCAAUAGAGAAGGCAGCCCUUUGUCACAGUGUAGACGUGAGAAACACGCGCGCGCGCACACACACACAUUUCCUACAAUAAAUGAAGCUCUGUAAAGUAGUACUUUAUUUCCCUCCCCCACUUUAGCUCCUUGAAUGUUCACCUGCACUAUUGCGCCAGUGUUUACAAGGUUAAAAAUAAAAGGCCACAUGAGGCCCCCCCACAACGCCACCAGCCACUAAUAAGCUACUUCCCACUGUAAUCAGCGGCAUGGGAUUACUUUUAGAGGAAGAAGUGCACAGUGCCACAGUGUGCUGCCACCACUAUGCCUCAAGGACCGCAUCUCCCCAUAAAAAUCGCCCCAGACCUCUGCGUUCAUCAUCUGAGGCCCUUCUUCAUGUGCCUUUUCCACGUGAGGUCUGGAGGGUGACAACACGAGAACGGGCCUUUUUUAUAGUGGUGACUCCCCUUUUGUGGAAUGCUCUCCCCAGGGAGGUUCGCCUGGCACUUUCAUUAUAUAUAUUUUUAGGCACAAGGCGUUUCUCUUCAACCAGGCCUUUGGCUGAUUAAAUGUGUCUGUGGGAAGGGGGAGUUAUCAUUAUUAUUAUUCACUUGUGUUUUUAUCUUGUGUGAACCACCCUGAGAUCUUGUGAUGAAGGCCAAAAUAAUAAUAAUAAUAAUAAUGUUCCAACAAUGAAAAGCUGUCUAGGGCAGAUUUUUGCUAGUGUAAGUGUAUGCAAGUUUUUGAGUGUUACGUAAUUCUUUUUUUAUAUAGAGUCUGCAUACGUAAUAUAGCAGGAGUGGGUUCAAUAAAUAUUAUUGUACCUGUUUUGCAUGGCAUCACGUCACCCAGGAACCACUUACUGAAAUACGUUCUUGUCUCUAUUAUAAAUACGUGGGUGUGUGUAUUCAGUUAUGAAUAUAUAAAGAAUAAACUUACAUAGACCACAAUCACAGUUCAGCCUGGACCACAGGUUGAAUGCAGCUUUCCAGUUCUCUCUUCACCCCUCAGGACUCUCUGGGGCUCACGUCUCUCCCCCCCUAGCUCCCCCCCCUCUACUGGGCCUGCUCAGUGCAUGCCUUCCUCAGGUGGUCUUGCAUGGCCAGAAUGUACCCUUGAACUAUUAUAAUGUCUCUUGCUGGCAUGCCUUGAUGUGUGUAAACCUCUAGCCACCAAUGAGGCUGGAAGUAGCUUCCUUUACAGAAGGUAAGAGUCGGAUCUGUUGUGCUUUUGCUUCUGGUCCCACCUACCACUGCCAUGUGGCCCGUGGCUGAAUUCCCCGUCCCUGUCAUUGAGGGAAAGUCUGACCUCUUCACCACUUGUCUGGUGGUUUUGUUUUAAUAUAUGCUUACCUGGUUUAAUAUAUGCUUACCUGGAAAUGGCGUUUCCAUGUGCUGCGCUGGUGCUGGCUCGCCAGAGCAGCUUCGUCACGCUGGCCACGUGACCCGGAAGUGUCUCCGGACAGCGCUGGCCCCCGGCCUCUUAAGUGAGAUGGGCGCACAACCCUAGAGUCGGACAGGAUUGGCCCGUACGGGCAGGGGUACCUUCACCUUUUUACCUGGUUAAUUAAUACGCCUGAUGGCAAAAUUAGACUUGGGCUAAUUCUGGUCAUGUGAAAAGUACUUGUAGUAUUUACAUUUCAGGAGAUAUUCCUCUUGGGCUAUCCUUGAAAGAAUGGUAUUAUCUGUUUAAAUUGUUAUCCAUCAGAAUGAGUAAUGUUUGUAAGACUAUGUGGCCUUUUUCUUGAAGAGCUGAGGUGCAUUCUGUUUGUAGGGUGAACCUCUUCCCAUCAGCUUUAUGAUGUUCCCUUAUAGCUCAGGUGUGUUUAGUGACCAAGCAGUCAAAUUUCCUGCCCUGGGAGAUCCAUCUGACUUCCUCUUUAAUGUCAUUUUGCUAUUUCCUUUAAAUAUUUCACAUACAUUUUAUAAUAUCCUUGAUAUAUUUUCAUUCUGGCACCUGGUUAGUUAUUUUUUGAAUGUCUUAUAAAGUUACUAUUUUAUUUGCUUUAAAAUUUAGAUUCUUGGCCCCUUGAACACUUUUCAGAAAUUGGAAAGCAGCGAAGCAAAUCAUUUAUUUUUCAAAAAAUUAUGUGAAGAAUGGAAAUGCAUUAGAAAUAAUAUAUUCCAUUUCCUCCCCCGCAAUGUUUUGAGGUCCAAAAGUAGCGGCCACAAUUCCUGCAAAAAAGCAUUUAUGAUCUUGGUGGAAAUCUGCCCUUCCAAAGGAAGCUUUCACAUAAAUUUGGCUGGGACCUGGUGUUUACCUCUAUGGAUGUUGGUGAUCUGACACUAAGUAAAAGCGAAACAAAAGAAGUGCCAUGGUCAGAUCACUUCCUGGUGCAACUGGACUUCUCUGCGACCCAUCCCCUCUGCAGGGUGGUGGGACCAAUUCGGAUGGUCCGCCCCCGCCACUUAAUGGAUCCAAAUGGUUUCCAGAGAGUGGUAGGGGAUGCUUUAUCCCAUGUUGAUGGCCUUUCAGCUGAUUCCCUGGUGGCCCGCUGGAAUGUGGAGUUAACCAGGGCUAUUGACUGUUUGGCUCCGAAGCGCCCUCUCCGAUUGCAUGGAGCCCGGACAGCCCCGCGGUUUUCCACGGAUCUGAGGGCAAUGAAACAAUCGUUGAGAUAGCUAGAGUGCUGGUGGCGGAUAACUCAUUCCGAAUCUGACCGGACACAGGUUAGAGCUCAACAUUGAGCCUACCAAGUGGCGAUAGCGACGGCGAAGAAGAAUUUCUUCACCGCCUCUAUUGCAUCUGCAGAAAACAGCAGCAGGAGACUUUUUCAGGUGGUUCACAAUUUAGCGGAACCACCUGCAACAUCGGGGCCCAGUACAGGCCACAUGUUCUCCUGCAAUGAUUUUGCAAAGUUUUUUGCAGAUAAAAUUGCUCAGAUUUGGGAAGAAGUAGACUCCACCGUGGGAGCAGGGCUGGGGCGGGAGAGUGCUAGAGUUUUGUCUAGUCAAGUUGAGUGGGAUCAAUUGCAAUCUGUUACCUCCGAGGAUGUGGACAGGCUGCUUGGACGAGUGAAACCAACCACCUGUCUCCUGGAUCCUUGCCCAUCCUGGCUUAUAAAAGCUAGCCGGGAAGGACUGGGUGAUGGGCUUCGUGGGGUGGUGAAUGCUUCCCUCCGUGAGGGAGCCUUCCCAGACCCGCUGAAAUAGGCGGUUAUUAAACCGCUUCUUAAAAAACCAUCUUUAGAUGCGGCCACGAUGGCCAACUAUCGCCCAGUCUCAAAUCUUCCAUUCUUGGGCAAGGUGAUUGAGCGAGUGGUUGCUGAACAACUCCAGGCACGCCUGGAAGAAGCGGACCAUUUGGAUCCCUUCCAGUCGGGAUUCAGGCCUCAUCAUGGGACUGAAACUGCCUUGGUCGCACUGGUUGAUGAUCUCCGGCGGGCUAGGGACAAAGGUGAGAGCUGUUUCCUAGUUCUGCUGGAUCUCUCAGCGGCGUUUGAUACCAUCGACCAUAAAUCCUUCUGGACCGUCUUGAGGGGCUGGGAGCUGGGGGCACUGUCAUACAGUGGUUCCGCUCCUUCCUCCUGGGCCGUGUUCAGAAAGUGGUGGUGGGGGAUGAGUGUUCAGAACCCUGUGCUCUCACUUGUGGGGUGCCUCAGGGUUCUGUCCUCUCCCCAUGCUUUUCAACAUUUACAUGCAGCCGCUGGGAGAGAUCAUCAGGAGGUUUGGGCUGGGUGUUCAUCAGUAUGCGGAUGAUACCCAGCUCUACCUCUCUUUUAAAUCAGAACCAGUGAAGGCGGUGAAGGUCCUGUGUGAGUGUCUGGAGGCGGUUGGAGGAUGGAUGGCGGCUAACAGAUUGAGGUUGAAUCCUGACAAGACAGAAGUACUGUUUUUGGGGGACAGGAGGUGGGCAGGUGUGGAGGAUUCCCUGGUCCUGAAUGGGGUAACUGUGCCCCUGAAGGACCAGGUGCGCAGCCUGGGAGUCAUUUUGGACUCACAGCUGUCCAUGGAGGCACAGGUCAAAUCUGUGUCCAGGGCAGCUGUUUACCAGCUCCAUCUGGUACGUAGGCUGAGACCCUAUCUGCCUGCGGACUGUCUCGACAGAGUGGUGCAUGCUCUGGUUAUCUCCCGCUUGGACUACUGCAAUGCACUCUACGUGGGGCUACCUUUGAAGGUGACUCGGAAAGUACAACUAAUCCAGAAUGCGGCAGCUAGACUGGUGACUGGGGGCGGCCGCUGAGACCAUAUAACACCGUCUUGAAAGACCUACAUUGGCUCCCAGUAUGUUUCCGAGCACAAUUCAAAGUGUUGGUGCUGACCUUUAAAGCCCUAAAUGUCCUCGGUCCAGUAUACCUGAAGGAGCGUCUCCACCCCCAUCGUUCUGCCCGGACGCUGAGGUCCAGCGCUGAGGGCCUUCUGGCGGUUCCCUCAUUGCGAGAAGCAAAGCUACAGGGAACCAGGCAGAGGGCUUUCUCUGUAGUGGCGCCCGCCCUGUGGAACGCCCUUCCAGCAGAUGUCAAAGCGAUAAACAACUACCUGACAUUCAGAAGACAUCUUAAGGCAGCCCUGUUCAGGGAAGUUUUUAACGUGUGAUAUUUUACUGUAUUUUUGGUUUCUAUGGAAGCCGCCCAGAGUGGCUGGGGAGGCCCAGCCAGAUGGGCGGGGUAUAAAUAAUAAUAAUUUAUUAUUAUUAUUAUUAUUAUUAUUAUUAUUAUUAUUAUUAUGGCUAUGGCUAUGUAGAAAAACUGAGGAUACCUGCUUCUUUGUUUUCUGUACUCUGUUCUUUUCUGGUUGUUCUUCGCAAACUUCACAACUAAAUUUGAAAACUGUACCAUCUAAGCAACUAAUAGCUAAGUGUAAUAUGGUGAAUGCUACACUGAGUGCUUAACUGAUUUUCAAAUUAGCUCUUAUAUUUGUGGUAGACUUACUCUGCUUCUUUCUGUCAGGUGUCAAAAGAUGAACGCAGUGAUGUCGAAAGUAGCUCUGAAGAGGAAGAUGUGACUUCAAGCAGCAGGAAAGGAGUCCUUAGCUCUUCAAGCAAUGAUACCAGUCGGAUUAACGGCCACAUAACUAGUGGGCAGUGGGCAGAAGAGGAGUAAGAACCGGCAGGGAGGCCUCAAGAAAACACAGACUUGUGUUCAAAUGACUAGAUAUGUCUUAACUCCAUAUCCCCAAGAAAUCUUUACUUAUGCCGGCGCUUUGCCCCCAAAUCCUCCAGCAGUUCUGAAACAGGCACAUCACAGUUUUGUACUGAAGGAAUCUAGUUGAUUGCUAGUGCAAAAGCUAUUUCCAGUUUCACAUUUUAAAGAAAUUAAGCCAUUUUGCAUUUAAUGGUAUCCUAUGUUUGCUGAAGCGUGUGAGUGAGAGAGAGUGAGUGAGAGGUGGGGGAGGCUGUUUUAUUUUAUAGAUCAACUGAAACAUUGAGAGAAAGUAUUCUUGCAACAACUCUGAAGGUUCGGAUCUCAAACAGGUUCUGCCUCUCACUUUUUAAUUGCAUUCCAGGGUUUUUUUUUUAAACACUGUGGCCUGGUCUAAGCUGAUAUUCCAUGCUCCUAGCAGCAAGGACUAAAGCUGUGUCCUAGGGAGUCUGGGAUGUGCCACAGCUAGGCAUACCAACCUGGUGGUGGUAGAGACAGGCCGACUGAGCAAUUUGCUUAUUUGUUGUUGGGAUCCCAUUUGCUAAUAAAGUUUUACGUCUGCUUGUUUGGGUGGGUGGGAAGACAAGGCUGGCGUUCAUUGCUCCCCCCCCCCCCCCCCGAGUGGAGUAGUGUCUCCAAAGUCUUCAUUUUGACUUCCUAAAAUCACCUGUUUUUCCUACGAAUGCUAUGGGUUUUGAGUCACAUAGGAAUGACAAGGAAGAGGUGGAUAAAUUUGUGUACUAGGAUAAUAGGCAUGGAUGAUCUGGUUCUGCUGCCGACUUUUCCAUAGACGCUUCUACUUUCAGAAGAGAAGCAAGCAUGCCGCCUGUACCUGCUUCAGAGUCUUUUGGUGAGAUGUCUGUGGGAUAAAGAGGUUGCCACACAAGGGCUUUGAGUCCCUGCCUCCCUUUUACUAAAUGGUACUUCAGGGGAGAUGAAAGGCAGCAAAGUGUUGUCACGAGCAGGACUUUGAAAAUGCCCUGACUUAUUAUCAUUUUAUACUAUUGUUUACUCUGAUUAAAAAUAAAUUUGCUUGAAGAGUU